AAAUUGUGAGGUUAUGUGGUGGUGAGUGGUGAAAAUAAAUUUUGCUUUUCACAGUGUUUUUUUCUUGGAGUUUUCACGGUUUUUAUCUCAACAUGCCCUACCAAUUGCAUAAGGAAUUAAAAGCAGAGUGGCAAAAGCCCACGAAGAACCUCAAGAAAAUAGGAGAUUUGCUGGAUCAACUCAAACUGGCUCUCAUGAACUUGGUCUACCUGCCCACAAGCAACAAUGCUGCCUCCAAGAAUGAACUUCUUGUGGCACGAGAAGUCCUCGAGAUUGGAGCUGAGUACAGUGUUGCUGUGAAAGAUAUUGUAGCCUUUGAACGAUACAUGUCGCAACUUAAGUGCUACUAUUACGAUUACAAGAAUCUUAUCGAUGACUCAGUUAACAAACAUCAACUACUGGGUCUCAAUUUACUCUUUUUGCUUUCGCAAAAUCGUGUGGCUGAAUUCCACACUGAAUUGGAACUCCUUCCAGCUGAUAUCAUUCACACCAAUAAAUUCAUUCGGCACCCACUAGCCUUGGAGCAGUACUUCAUGGAGGGAAGCUACAACAAAAUCUUCCAGGCGAAGGGGAACGUUCCCGCGGAAAGCUACAAUUUCUUCAUGGAUAUCCUUCUGGAUACUGUGAGGGAUGAGAUUGGUUCAUGCUUGGAGCAGGCAUAUGAGAAAAUCUCCCUCGCUGAGGCAUCCAAACGGCUCAAUUUGAAGACAAAGGAGCAAAUUAAAUCAUUCGGAGGGAAGAAAGGCUGGAAGCUGGGUGAAGAUAACUUCUAUCACUUUGCCAAUGAGGCCCCAAAACCGAAGGAACCAAUACCAUCGGUGGAGUUGGCGGAACAGGCCAUCAUCUAUGCUAAAGAAUUGGAAAUGAUUGUCUAAUUUCCUUAUUUUGCAUCAUAAAUCAUUUAUUUUAUAAUAUAAUUAUUUUUCUUUUCCACAUGA